AUGGGAAAUAAGAACUCAACAGCUACUACCGCAUUUAGUAAUGCAAAACAAAAUGAGCUUAUAUCUCGCCUCUCCACGAGUACAAUUGUGAAUCGACGUAUGAACAUGCAAAGGACGCAAAAUGUCGUUUCAAUUUGGUUAGACAACAAUAUUGAUGAUAAUAAUGCCGAUCGCAGUAAUACAAUCAAGCAAUUGAAACGUGUUGUUAACAACAUAAACACAUUUACAGACGGUAAACAGUGUGUUGAAUUUAUUCAAACCAUUACCAAUAACAAGAUAUGUAUGAUUGUCUCCGGGUCACUUGGGAAACAUAUUAUGCCUCGUGUGCAUGAUAUGUCCCAAGUAGACACCAUUUUUAUUUUUUGUAGCAACCGAAUAUGGCAUAAACUAUGGGUUAAAAAAUGGCCUAAAAUAAAAGGAGUUUUCUCAGAUAUAACAUUAAUCUGUGGAGCUCUUAAACAAGCUACUCAUCAAUGUGAGCAAAAUGCCAUCUCCAUCAGCUUUGUGACACCAAACAAAAAGUUCGAUCAAUUAGAUCCAUCAUUUAUGUAUACUCAGAUCUUGAAAGAGAUCUUAUUAACCAUUGACUUCGAACAUGAAUAUAUUAAAGAAUUUAUUACUUAUUGUCGUGAAACAUUUGCCGGAAAUGAGCAUACAUUACAAAAUAUUGAAAAAUUGGAGCGUGAUUAUCAUAAUCAAAGACCGAUUUGGUGGUAUACUUAUCAAUACUUUUUAUAUUCGAUGCUCAAUCAAGCAUUAAGAUUAAUGGAUGUUGAUAUUAUUCUCCGAAUGGGUUUCUUUAUUAAUGAUCUACAUCGUGAUAUUCAACGACUCCAUUCAGAACAAUUUGAUAGUGAACAAUCUGAUAAAACAUUUACAGUUUAUCGUGGACAAUGUCUUUCAAAAGACGAUUUCACUGAAAUGACAAAAACUAAAGGUGGACUUCUUUCAUUUAAUAACUUUUUAUCAACUAGUAGACAUCGUGAUGUUUCGCUUUGUUUCGCACCACAAGCUGCUACAAAUCCUAAUCUUGUUGGAAUUCUAUUUGUUAUGUCAAUCAAUCGGACUGAUUCAACAACUCCAUUUGCUUCUGUUAGUGAUGUUAGUUAUUUUCAUAUGGAAGAUGAAGUUCUCUUUUCUAUGCACACCAUUUUUCGCAUUGAAGAUAUUAAACCAAUGGAUGAAAAUAAAGAUCUCUAUCAAGUGAAUUUAACAUUAACCAAUGAUAACGACCAAGAUCUUCGUACUCUUACUGAUCAUAUACGACAAGAGAUCUUUCCAGAUUCGAAAGAAUGGUACGGAUUAGGUCAAUUGCUAAUUAAAAUGGGUCAGUUUAAGAAGGCUCAAGAAGUCUAUGAGGAUCUACUUCAUCAAGCAACGAAUGAAAAUAACAAGGCAGAUAUUUAUCAUCAACUAGGUUGGAUCAAAUAUAAUCAAGGAGAAUAUCCAGAAGCACUUACAUCUCUCGAAAAAGCUCUUACAAUUCGACAACAAUCACUUCCAUCCAAUCAUCCUGAUUUGGCUAAUUGCUAUAACAGAAUCGGUAUUGUAUAUGACAACAUGAGUGAUUAUGCAAAAGCACUUUCUUAUCAUGAGAAAGCCCUUGCAGUUCGAGAACAAUCAUUUCCUUUCAAUCAUCCUCAUUUGGGUAGUUCUUAUAAUAACAUUGGUGUGGUGUAUUAUAACAUGGGUGAUUAUCCAAAAGCACUUGCUUAUUAUGAGAAAGCCCUUACAAUUCGACAGCAAUCACUUCCUUCCAACCAUCCUGAUUUGGGUAGUUCCUAUAACAACAUCGGUGUGGUUCAUCCUGAUUUGGGUGCUUCUUAUAACAGCAUCGGUAUGGUGCAUUACAACAUGGUUGAUUAUCCAAAAGCACUUUCUUAUCAUGAGAAAGCCCUUGCAAUUCGACAACAAUCACUUCCUUCCAAUCAUCCUGAUUUGGGCAGUUCCUUCAACAGCAUCGGUCUGGUGUAUUAUAACAUGCGUGAUUAUCCAACAGCACUUUCUUAUCAUGAGAAAGCUCUUGCUAUUCGACAACAAUCACUUCCCUCCAAUCGUCCUCACUUGGGUAGUUUCUAUAACAAAAUUAGUAACGUGUAUAACAGCGUUGGCGAUUAUCCAAAAGCAGUUCCAUCUGUUGAACUUAACUGUUUGCCAAUAGCAAAACGACGUUCCAAUAGAGUCUUUCAACCCGACCGGGAUUUUCCCAUUGAUGCACAAGUGAAUGCACUACCAGAAUCAUCUUGGAUGUGUGAAAAAGAAAAUAUUUCAUAUGUUUAUUAUUGUAAAUAUUGA